UUAAGGCAUGUGCUCUAAUGUUUUGUCUAUUUUGUCCAUUCAUCAUUACACUAUAUAAUAAUGUGAAGAUGGGAAAGAAAAAGGGAAAAGACAAGAGCUCCAGAGAGGAUGAUGAGUUUGAUUUGACAGGUCCAUCCUGCAGGCAUAUCAAGAAGGGAACGGACCAAACAUUUCUAAAGAAACUUUCUGGGACCCCUGAUUGGACAGGUUGCCAGGACUGUAAACAUGAGGAGAAUAAAGAAAAUGUCAAUACAGAUCUACCACAAGAAUCUGAAGAGGAAAAUGAAACUGGUGGAAUGUGGAUGUGCUUGAAAUGUGGCCACAGAGGAUGUGGAAGAAACUCUGAGAACCAGCACGCUAUCAAACAUUAUGAGACUCCUCGAUCAGAUCCACAUUGCCUUGUAGUCAGUUUGGACAACUGGAGCGUUUGGUGUUACAUAUGUGAUGAUGAAGUUCAGUACUCCAGAACAGGACAUUUAGCGCAGUUGGUGAGCAACCUUAAAAAGCAAACGUCAACAGAUCCCAUAAAAAGACCGUAUAAAAGAGUAAAGGAGGAGGUGGAUCUGUUGGAAGCUAAACAGACUGCAGAAACCAUAAACAUGGAGGAGAGUGAGAACAAUGAAAACAAAGAAGGCAGGAAUCAUCAAAAGAAGAACAUCAAGAAAGGGAGUGUUGAGAAAUUACAAAAUCACAAGGCAUCUGAAGAAAACUCUGGUGCUCCAGUAAGAGGGCUGAGCAACCUUGGAAACACCUGUUUCUUUAAUGCAGUCAUUCAGAAUCUUUCUCAAACACAGCUAUUGAGACAGAUUAUCAACAAAGCGACACAGGAGAAAAGGAGUCUUGAGAUCAAACCUGACACCUCUUUGAAACUGGAGCCUGUACUUGUGGAGUUGGACCAGCCAGGAUCCCUUAGUUUGGCUAUGUGUAAGCUACUUAAUGAGAUUCAAGAAUCCAAAAAGGGCGUGGUAACACCACGGGAGUUGUUCAUGCAAGUUUGCAAAAAAGAGUUAACACCGGGAUAAUGGAGGCACUGAAACGAUCUAAUAAAGUCACAGAUGAGGAUCACUUGAAAGCACGAGUAAAAGAGUAUGAAAAAAGUGGAUUGACACUGAACUUUGUUGACCAAGUUUUUGGUGGGGAGAUGACCAGCACUGUGAUGUGUCAGCAGUGCAAAACGGUGUCUGUAGUCAAAGAGAUGUUUCUGGAUCUUUCCCUACCGGUUUCUGAUGAGGCAUACAGAAAGAAAACCCAAAAGAAAGGACUUCAGAAGAAGAGUGUGUCGAGCCAGGAUGGCAGAAACAGCCCUGACUUAACCAGCGGAAAUGAUGAAAUGCCCACUGGUGACAGCAGCAAGUACCAGCAGAAAAAGGCAAAAAGGCAGCAAAAGAAACAAGCAAAGCAACAGAAAAGGCAGCAGAAGCUGGAAAGUAGAGUCACUUUGGACAUUCUGACAUCUCCAAGCCGUGCAGUGAACGAAGAAACAGAUGGCACUGAAGAUGAAAAGGACAAAGAAGCCACUGAUAGUAGGCUGCACAAAGAAACCUCAUCGAGUGACCAAAAUCCUGUACUAGUCAGCGCUUCUGAGCAGGACCAAAUAUCCAAGCAAGAAAAAGAGAACAGCGAGGAUUCAGCGACAGACUGCGACUCAUUAGCUACAUCAUCAGUCAGCAACCGUUUUACAGCCCUGUCAGAGGAGCAGCACUCACAGGACAGCACCCACUGUGAUAAAAUGUCCGACAUGGAACUGGAAGAAGAGGACGACACAGCACUGGUCAAUAGAAUGGAAAAAGUUGCCUUGAACGAUGCUUUUAUAAAAGACUCGGACAGUUUGGAUCAAGACAUGGACAGUGACAAUGAAAUGCUGGAGGCCAAAGAAUAUACAGUAACAAACCAAGACCCGGAGCUGGCCUUCAACACGCUGGCUGCCAGGACAGUCCCGGAGAAACAGGACUGUUCGGUCCAGUCGUGUCUUUUUCAGUUCACAGAAGUGGAAACUCUUACACAGAAUAAUAGUUUGCUGUGUGUCACCUGCACUAAACAGCAGCUGGGAAAAAUUAAAGUUCAAGGCUCCAAGAAGAAUGUCUACACUGAUGCCUUGAAGCAAAUGCUAAUUUCUUCUCCUCCGGCUGUCCUUACCCUUCAUUUGAAAAGAUUUCAGCAGAAUGGUUACAGUAUUUGUAAAGUAAACAGACACGUUCACUUUCCGCUGGUUCUGGACCUCGCUCCGUAUUGUGCAGCUAAAUGCAAGAAUAUUUCAGAGGGAGACACUCAGAUUUCGUACAGUUUAUAUGGCAUCGUCGAGCACAGUGGAACCAUGAGAUCUGGUCAUUACACAGCCUAUGUAAAAGUUCGUCCUGAGCAUUCUAAACCCUCAUCUAAUGGACUUGCUAAAGAAGGAGAUGCAGAGCCUCUCAGAGGGUCCUGGUUCCAUAUCAGUGACACAAGUGUUCAACCUGUGAGCGAAAGUAAAGUCCUGAGCAGCCAAGCCUACCUCCUCUUCUACGAAAGAAUCAUCUAACUGUAUUUGUGCCAAUAAACUCAGGAAAAAAAAUGAUUAACCAUCAUGCUGCUUCAGCUUAAGAGCACAAGCAAUGUCAAUCAGGACUUCAGUAUAACUGUAAAGAAUUUACAGACAGACAUUUAAUAAUUUUGUCAUUUAUAGGUUUAUUACGCAAUGUUUUGAUUAAUACAGUAUCUCCAUCAUAGACAAUUGUAAGCAGUUACUUUAAGUUAUUAAAUCAACAAGGGGUUGGGAGUUAAAUAAACAUUUGGGAAUAAACAUCUGUAAAAUGUA